GAUUCAGAUCAUCUGCGCAGACGUUUAGCAGUACUGUGCCAUCCUCUGCCUGCUCCAAUGUCUUAUUGCUCAGUAUUGUAUCCAUACAAACAGGUGCCUUUUAAUUCUUAAAAAUGAUGCUUUCCAAGAUGGCUCUGUAUUGUUUAUUUGUAUAUCACACUUGUUCCGGCUAAGCUCUGUUUUCAAUCCAUUAAACGACUUUGAUUUCUGAAGAAUAAACAUUUUUGUCAAAAAAAAAUGCAUUCGUUAAUAUUGAACUCGAUGAGACCAAUUCAUGUUAUAUCAAAACGUAAUUUUGAAACACUAUUCAGAUGGCUAACUCCUGUAUUCAAUCAGGUAAAUAAAGAAAGAAUAGCAAAAUGGGGACCGGAUUUAGCAUGUGCCGAAUGGCUUAUGAGAAAUGGAGCUGCUGUAAGAUGGUUGGGAUCCAGUGAUUAUGUUAAUAAUUAUAAUGCAUUAUUCAAUGCGCCGUCAUCAACAUCAUCACCAUUGUCAGAAGUUGAUUCAAAGCAUUUUAUUUCUGGAGUCGAUGCCACUGAUUCAUCGAUUAGUCAGGAAGGCUUUCCAUACUUUACUGACUGUAAACAUAUUGAGGAAGUAAAACUGGUGAAUUGUAAAUAUAUUGGUAAUGGAGCAUUAAGUAAUCUAGAUCUAUUAAAAAAUUCACUGAAGUAUUUAGAAAUAAUUAAUUGUCCUCGAGUCACUGAUGAAGGACUUAUAAAUUUAAGAAGACUUUUAAAUCUUAAAAACUUAAAAUUAAGCAACUUGCCAUCAGUUGAAGAUAAAUUAAGUAUAGAGCAAAAGUUGAGGCUAUCAUUGGAAAAUUGUAAUAUUAGCAUUGAUUGAUUAAAUUGAAGAAAAAACGGAAAAGAGA